AUGUUAUCUUGACAGUGUCAUUGAAAGUAGAUAUUAUUCAUCCAUAUUUCGAGGUCACGUAAACCAGCGAAUAAUAAGCCAGAAAAAAUGUCUGACGAGAGUAUCACCCAUAAAGAGGACAAAGAAAAUUUGCUAUACAUAGCUAAAAAGAUCCAUUUUGAAGAAUUUUCAUUGGAAGAGGAUCAUGACUACAAUGUAUGGAAAGAAUCGAUCGGUUCUCAAGAGUCGAAUACAGUGGAUAACUUGGGCUCGGAUUAUAGAAUAUUGAAAGAUUACCAACAAAGACUUGGACCGCAACUUUUCGAUGAACCUGAAAUCAUCGCUAAAACAACUCCUUUUAAAUUGAAAUGGACAUUUGGUAUGAAUCCAAAAAUUCCAAUUCAAAACCUGACGACAGAAACAGACACUAGGAUUGUGUUUGCUGGUUCUCACUUCCCAAUACUGUACAACUACUGUACGAAAGAAAUGGUGCACUUAGAAGGUCACCAUAAUAUAGUAUCUUGCAUGACAAGCGACGAGACUGGGCGUUGGCUUGUUGCCGCAGGAGGUUCAAGAGACAGUGUCUGUAUCAUUUGGGAUACGAAAGAGUGUGCACCAGUAUUCUGCCUAUAUCACGUAUACAAAGAGCUUGCAAUAGUGAAAUUGAGCUUCAGCGCUAGGUACUUGAUAACAGUAGGACGGUAUUCAGAAGACUCAUACAGUAUAGAUUUGUGGUUGUGGACGCUAGGAAAGGAAUCAGCCGAAGGUUCGCAUGCAGUACCAAAGAGAUACGGAGCUCCUCUAGAAGUCUGCUUCAACCCAGAUAUCGAGGAGCAUAUAAUGAUCAUAUUCGAAAAACAAGUCCUCUUUGUGGAAUGGAUGCCUGAAGAAAAUAAAUUUGUUGAAACGUCGAUGCCGAUAAUACCGAAGAAGGUUGGCGACUAUACUGGAGGCACGUACUUGCACAGAUGUCAUCAGUGUUACGUAUCCACUAACAAGGGUUGCCUGUUGUUGUUCGCUAACACCUUGUAUUCUAAGCCCUUCGAAGAGGGCAAACUGGACAACGCAAAGAAUUUUAUAUCUGCUAUCAAAGUGUCCACUGAUAGCAUAUCGUGCCUGACCACUGUUGAUGGGAUGAUUGUUACUGGGGACGUGAAAGGCCAAAUAUACUUCUUCAACAGUGGAUGUAAAAUCCUAUAUUGGCUGAAGGACUACAAACUAGGUGCUAUAAGGUCGAUUGGCUUCAGUAAGGUGCCAAAAGUUAAAGAGAAGGAUGCAAGCAAAGUCAUAAUGCAUGGAUUUCACGACGACAAAAUAUUCAACUGCGAUUACAUAGAUCUGUUAGAAGAAUUGGAAGAAAUAUUCAAGACCGAAUUGCCAAAAGAUGCGACUUUGGAUAUGGAGCCUCUGGUCAUUAGAGACUUUUUCGUUGCUACCUCUGAGAGCAAUAUUUAUGCUAUAGAUUGUCUAAAUGGCAAAUGCACGUCACUGUUCCAUAUCGCAUCUGACUAUGUUUCAGCUAUCGAUGUCCAUGAGGAAAUGCCGUACCUGGUGCUUGGAUAUGCAGAUUGUAGAUUGAUAUUGUGGAACUAUGAUAAAAAUGAUGUUAUUCGAAAUGUCAAGUUGCCUAAUUCAGAAGAAAAGUCUAUUUCGUGUCUCAAAUAUAGUUGGGAGUCUUUUCAUCUGGUGUGUGGCUGCAGUAACGGCGAAAUUUGGAUAUUAGAGCCCGUACUGUUAACUCCAAAGGUAGCGACUCCAUUCAGACCUUCAAAUCAUGCUGUGAAGAAGAUAGAAUUCUCCGUUCUACCACCUCAGUUUGCUUAUUAUGACUCCGAAAGGACGGUAGUUCUAUUUAACUACGACGUAUCCAAGAACGAAUGGGUAUAUGCAGGAAGGAUUCGGUCUCACUAUGAAGAUAUCACAGAUAUCAUGUUCAUGCCUACAAAGACUUCAUCAUGUUUGGUAACAAUCGGAAAGGACAGAAACAUGUUGGAGUAUAAUAACACCGCCAAUCAUAAAGAAGAAGAGUUUGGUAUAGUCUCUACAACUCGUAUAGAACAGUCUGCUAUACCAAAUUGUUUCAUGCACUGGACGGAAAUGAAACAGAAUGUUAGACAAGACUACUUGAUCAUUUCCAACAAUCAGAAUAAAUUCAAAUUCUUAUGCACCAACACCAAAGUGGCAAAAAGUACGGUACUAGGACCAGCUUUUGGAUGUUUCAGAAGACAAAUCAUCAAAAAAAUGAAGAUCUUACCUCGCUGCAAUUCAGGGUUCAUGGUAUUCUGCACCAAGAAGCAUUUAGGACUCCAUUUAUUACCACCAGAUGGAAAUCCUUAUAAAUAUGUUGGGUACUUAGCUCAUCCUGUCAACUUAGUUGACUUCGCUGUGUCCAACGAUGGUUGUCACAUCUUCACAUUUGGUCAAAACGAUCACUGUAUCCACAAAUGGGAAAUCAGAUACAGAUCAGUGGAAAUAUUCUACGCCUUGGGAGGUACCGAACUAGAACCAUUCUAUUGCUUAAUAGAAGGGGGUAAGAACGGAUGGCUGUUCCAGGAGAUCAAAGAUCUUUUUUACUAUAUGCAAAUAUUACAACAAGAAAAUAUCGAUCUACCACGAAAGGUUUCUGAUACGAUAUCGGUCACUCAGAUCCCGGAUCUUGUCCGAACUUGUGGUUUUUACCCAUCGGAAUACGAGCUAGAAAACAUGAUGACCGACAUAAAAUACAAAUACUACGAGGAAACCCAAAUAAUCAACCAAGAAGUGUCUUUUAUAGACUUUCUGAAACUGUUCUGUAACCACAAACCAGUGUAUGGUUAUUCACGGCAUGAAAUUGAGGAGGCUUUUCACACACUGAUGUUCAAUGCAGAAGAUUAUGUUCCUGGAGGUAUCUCCAGGGAAGAAUUUAUUGAAGUAUUGAGCACAACAGGUGAAAAUAUGCCAGUGCAAGUACUGUUAAAAUGCUUUAAGACAUUAAUGAGAAAUACGGAUGAGCAAACGGAUGAAAGCUUCGAUUUUAUGCCAGAGGUAAUACAAUAUAAGGACUUAUUCGAAAAUAUUCUAGGAGUGGAUAUAGAUAGAGACAGAAUAGAUAAUGAAGAAGAAUCAUUAGACGACUCAGUUGACACUCUAAGCGAAGUUGCAUGACUUCGACUGAUUAAGUAGUGUAGAUGAUAUUCGUAUUAAAAUUAUAUGCAAUUAUCUGUUACUCGUGACUUCGUACGCGUUAGAUUGUUAUUA